AUGAAGUUCUCCAUCUUCGCUACUCUCGCCUUCCUCGGCCUUGCUCUUGCCUCUCCCGCCGCGAACUCCGCGAGCAACACUGCUACUCUUCCCUCCGGCGCAACCUGCAACAAGGACGGAAGCAUGGGCAACUGUCAAAGUGGACUCUGCGUUCAAGAGGAGAACGCCAGCACUGGAACUUGCCAGUAA